AUGUACAUCAAGGAGGUAUGCUUGGAGGGGUUCAAGUCGUACGCGACGAGGACGGUGGUGCCCGGGUUCGACCCGUUUUUCAACGCCAUAACGGGUCUCAACGGGUCGGGCAAAUCCAACAUCCUCGACUCCAUCUGCUUCGUCUUGGGCAUCACAAAUUUGCAGCAAGUCCGGGCUGCCAAUCUCCAAGAGCUCGUCUACAAGCAAGGCCAGGCCGGCAUUACAAAGGCCACCGUCUCCAUCGUCUUCGACAAUUCCGACCGCUCCCGCAGUCCCCUCGGCUACGAGGCCCAUCCCGAAAUCACAGUCACCCGUCAGAUUGUGGUUGGUGGAAGGAACAAGUACUUGAUCAAUGGAAAACUUGCGCAGCCUAGUCAGGUCCAGAACCUUUUUCAUUCGGUGCAGCUCAAUGUUAACAACCCGCAUUUUCUUAUAAUGCAAGGGCGCAUUACCAAGGUUUUAAAUAUGAAACCCCCCGAGAUUCUGUCCAUGCUUGAAGAGGCUGCUGGGACAAGAAUGUAUGAGACCAAGAAAGAGGCGGCUUUGAAGACACUUGAGAAGAAACAGAGCAAAGUCGAUGAGAUCAAUAAGCUUCUUGACCAGGAGAUACUGCCUGCCUUGGACAAGUUGAGGAGAGAAAGGACACAGUACAUGCAAUGGGCUAAUGGAAAUGCUGACUUGGAUCGGCUUAAAAGGUUUUGCAUUGCAUAUGAAUAUGUUCAAGCGGAGAGGAUUAGAGACAGUGCAGUGUGUGAGGUGGAGCAGGUGAAGGCCAGAAUUUCUGAGGUCGACGAUGAUACGAGAAAGACGCAGGCAGAAAUACAAGAAAUGGAAGCACAAGUGUCUAAGUUAACAGCUGAAAAGGAGGCUAGAAUGGGUGGAGAAGUAAAAACUUUGUCUGACAAAGUAGAUGCGCUUUCUCAAAAUCUUGUGAGGGAAGUGUCUGUACUGAAUAAUAAGGAGGACACUCUGGGGACUGAAAAGGAAAAUGCUGAAAAGAUUGUCAGCAAUAUUGAAGACAUGAAGCAGUCUGCAAAAGAGACGGACUUCGCGAUAAAAAAAGCUGAUGAAGGUGCGGCUGAUUUGAAAAAGAGAGCAGGGGAACUUUCUCAGAGUCUGAAUGAGUAUGAAAAGGAGUACCAGGGCAUACUAGCUGGAAAGAGUAGUGGAAAUGAUGAGAAAUGCCUUGAAGAUCAAUUGGGUGAUGCCAAAAUAGCUGUUGGGAGUGCUGAAACAGAGUUGAAACAGUUGAAAACAAAAAUAAGCCACUGUCAAAGGGAGUUGAAAGAGAAAAAUAAUCAGCUAAUGUCAAAGCGUGAAGAAGCUGUUGCCGUAGAGAGGGAGCUUACUGCUAGAAAAGAAGAUCUGGUAAAUGUUAAAAUGGCACAGGAGUCUCUUCCAUAUAAGGAGGGCCAGAUGGAAGCAUUACAAAAGGAUCGUGCAUCUGAGUUGGAGCAGGUGCAGAAGUUGAAGGAUGAAAUGCGAAAUCUUUCUGGUCAAUUAGCAAAUGUUGACUUCACAUAUCGGGAUCCUGAGAAGAAUUUUGAUAGGUCCAAGGUCAAGGGUGUAGUUGCAAGACUUAUCAAAGUGAAGGAUUGCUCCACGAUGACUGCCUUAGAGGUUACUGCUGGUGGAAAGCUGUUUAAUGUUGUUGUAGACACAGAGAGUACUGGAAAACAACUUCUUCAGAAUGGAAACCUUCGAAGAAGAGUAACAAUUAUACCUUUGAACAAAAUACAACCUUAUACUGUUCAUCCUAGGGUUCAACAUGCUGCUGUUAAAUUGGUUGGCAAGGAGAAUGCAGAACUGGCACUUUCUUUGGUUGGUUAUGAUGAGGAGUUAAGAAGUGCUAUGGAAUUCGUUUUUGGUUCAACCUUUGUUUGCAAAAGCAUUGAUGCUGCAAAGGAGGUUGCUUUUAACAGGGAAAUUCGCACCCCAAGUGUCACUCUUGAAGGUGAUAUCUUUCAGCCUAGUGGCCUUUUGACUGGUGGAAGCCGCAAGGGUGGGGGUGAUCUGUUAAGGCAACUUCACGAGCUGGCUGAGACUGAACAAAAACUUUCUGUGCACCAGAGAAGAUUGACUGAAAUCGAAGCUAAGAUUACAGAGCUUCUGCCUCUUCAGAAGAAGUUCAUGGACCUUAAAGCACAGUUAGAACUUAAAUCGUAUGACCUUUCGUUAUUUCAGGGCAGGGCUGAGCAAAAUGAGCAUCAUAAGCUUGGUGAAUUAGUAAAAAGGAUUGAGCAGGAGCUUCAGGAAGCGCAAUCUGCAGCUAAAGAAAAGCAGCUUCUUUAUGAAGAUUGUGUGAAUAAAGUGUUAGUGCUUGAGAAAUCAAUCAAAGAUAAUGAUAAUAGCCGGGAGGGACGGCUCAAAGAUUUUGAAAAGAAGAUUAAAGAAACAAAAGCUCAAAUGCAAUCAGCUUCAAAGAAUCUCAAGGGGCAUGAAAAUGAAAAAGAGAAGCUUAUUUUGGAAAAGGAAGCUAUUAUAAAGGAACUUGCAUCUUUGGAGACUCAGUUAGCUUCUUUGAGAACGCAAAUUGACAACCUAACUUCAGAAGUAGAAGAGCAGAGAGAAAAGGUAGCUUCCACAAGAAAUAUGCAUGAUCAGGCACAAUCUGAGCUUAAUUCGAUUCGGAUGAAGAUGAAGGACUGUGAUUCCCAAAUUAGUGGCAUUCUUAAGGAGCAGCAAAGACUUCAACAUAAACUUAGCGAGACAAAUCUUGAACGGAAGAAAAUGGAAAAUGAGGUAAAACGAAUGGAAAUGGAACAGAAAGAUUGCUCUACGAAAGUAGACAAAUUGAUGGAGAAGCAUGCCUGGAUUGCAUCCGAGAAACAACUAUUUGGUAAAACUGGGACUGAUUAUGAUUUUGGCUUGCGAGAUCCUCGUAAUGCAAGAGAAGAACUUGAGAAACUGCAGGCACAACAGUCUGGUCUUGAGAAAAGAGUGAAUAAGAAAGUUAUGGCAAUGUUUGAGAAAGCAGAAGAUGAGUACAACGAUCUCAUGUCUAAGAAGAACAUCAUUGAGAAUGAUAAGUCUAAGAUCAAGAAGGUGAUAGAAGAGCUGGAUGAGAAAAAGAAGGAAACACUGAAAGUUACUUGGGUAAAAGUUAACAAUGACUUUGGAUCUAUCUUUUCUACACUUUUGCCUGGCACAAUGGGAAAGCUUGAACCUCCUGAAGGGUGCAGCUUCCUAGAUGGACUUGAGGUUCGUGUUGCAUUUGGUGGUGUUUGGAAACAGUCCUUGUCAGAACUGAGUGGGGGUCAACGAUCGCUGCUUGCACUUUCUCUCAUCUUGGCAUUGCUUCUCUUCAAACCAGCUCCACUUUAUAUACUGGAUGAGGUUGAUGCGGCUCUUGAUCUAAGCCACACACAGAAUAUUGGAAGAAUGAUCAAAACUCAUUUCCCACACUCCCAGUUUAUUGUGGUUUCACUGAAAGAAGGCAUGUUCAACAAUGCUAAUGUUCUUUUCCGGACCAAAUUUGUGGAUGGAGUUUCAACUGUUCAGAGGACUGUUGCAGCUAAACAGAAAUAG